AUGAUUCAGGAUGACGAGAGCUUGAAGCAUCUCACGCACGAGGAAAAGGAUGUGCUCCUGUUUUUUGAAGAAACGAUCGAUUCCCUGGAAGAGGACUUCGGGGAGGAAGGGCUAUGUGACAGUGGGAUACACUGCCACUCUCCGAGGUCCCUGGAGGAGACCACGUCCAGUCACUCUGAGCCAGAAGAUGUCAUCGAUUUGGUGCAGCCAGUGCCUGCAGCUGGGGCGCUUGGGUGCCCCCCGGAUGCCACUCGGGCAGCAGAAGCCGAACCUGUCGGACAGGAAGAUGCGCCCGUGCUGGAAGGCAGGAGGCAAAAUGCCGGGAAUUCUGCACUGCCAGACUCCACCGUUCCAGACACCCUGCCCACGCCGCCUUCCCCGCCUGCCACCCCCACCCCAGCCCGCCCCAAGAAAGAGCUGCUGUCUCCAUCCCCGCCUGCAGAGCACCCCAAACUGCCCCGCUCCGUGCCCACGCCUCUGGUCCUCGCUCAGAAGAUUUCUGAGAAGCUGGGGGGCAAGGACGCACUCUCGCCCACGAGCCCCUCGAGGGAGGGCCGCCCUGGAGAAUGGGGCCCACUGACUUCGCCAGCCUCGCCCACGGGCGACCGCUUCCGCUGGUGCAGCCGACACCUGACGCAGCCUGCACCCAAGAUCCACCGCUUCCCCAGCAACAUCAGCAUGACCAACAGCUCGGGGAAGGAAUUCAAUAAGACCAUCUCCAAAGCGGCUGUCAACGUCCAGGAGCGCAAGGCCCAGGUCUUAGCCAACAUCAACGGAGUCUCCUUCCUCACCGCGGGGGAAACGGGAGAUCGGGCACAUAGGGGUGACUCCACGGAGCCGAGGAGAAGCCUCUCUCCCGAGCGGGUGACAAGUGACCAAAGCAAGCCAGGCCCGGCCAAGGCAGCGGUAUGCCCAGGGACAGGAGGGCAGCCCGGCAGCCAACGGUCCAAAGGCGUGCAGACAGAAAUGUCCCCGGUGUUGGCCAACGGCUUCCCAAGCAUCCACGACCUCCUCAAGGGUGACCCCAGCCCCUUUGUCUCUGCUGGAAAGACUAUCACCAUCCGCCCGGACAAAGUGCUGCCCAACAAGCUGGCCCGCCAGAAUGCCACCAAGAGCUUUUAUGAACACCGCCAGCCGGACUGUGGCCCGGAAGGUAGGAAGCGGGCAGGUUCCCUCCCCAGAGCCGUGGGCUUCAGACCCCAAGGCAUCACUGUGCAGUUCUCUGGCCGAGGCUCCACAGAAGAAGCCCGGCGCGAGGCCCUGCGGAAGCUGGGCCUCCUGAAGGAGGACUUGUAAUGGGGCGAUGGGAGGGCUGCUGGAAGAGGCAGCGUGGCUCAAGGGCACUCCCCCCCCUCCCUCGCGCCCUGCAAAGAGGCGGAAGGAGUGCAUUUGGCCUGAAAUGGGCAUAACCGACCGGAAGAACAGCCAUCACCUUCCCGAGGACUGUGCCAUGCUGAGGAGUAGAGCUGAGAGACACCAGGACUCUGUGUGGGCUCAGAGUAAAGACACGGAAAUGCUGCCUUCCCCACCCACCCACCCACCCACACACAUCUGAACAGGAGCCCUGUGUCUUCUAGUACUACAGUCUCCAAGAACCCAGAGAGAAUCCCCUUCAAGUCUGUGAGCACCUCUCAUCGGUCAGCGCCCCAUGGUUGUGGGUUGGCGAGGAGGGCAGUUGGGAGGGGCUCAUGAGCCCCUGGUCCAGCUGCUUAUUCCAAGUACCCAACAUGGAAGCCGGUGUAGAUCUCUUACUGCCCCCCGUUCUCUAAGAAAGGGAUUUCCCCACUCCUUUUCUAAGAAAAUAAAAAGCAAUGCUCCUUAAAUUUCCA